UACUUUGAACGUCGCUGUGAGUUGGCGGAUUUGCAGCGAAAGGGAGAGAAUACGGUGAAAUGUCGAAAUUCGAAGAAGAAGCUAACUUGAAUCUGGAAGGAGAGGAUUGUGAAUCGGACGGCAUUGGAAGCAUGAGUGCUGCAGAUGCAUCAGGUAAGAGGCGGAGAGUUGUAGAAUGGCUAAAUAGUUUGUUUCCGAGUCUCAACAUCCCCUUGGAGGCAUCCGAUGAAGAACUAAGGGCUCUGCUUUUUGAUGGAACCGUUUUAUGCGGCGUUGAGAAGCGGCAGGAUCCUAGUGCCAUGGAGAAUCAGCGAGGUGCUUAUAUUUCAUUCGAGCAGCGGCGGGAGAAAGUCAGGAGAUUUCUUUCAGCUGUAGAGGGAAUGGGCCUGCCAAGUUUUACUGUAGAUGAUUUGGAAAAUGGCUCCAUUUCUGCAGUGCUUGAUUGUCUUUUGUCCCUUAGGGAUCACUUCAAUUCUAAACUAGGAGAAGGUGACAUUCAUGGGACAGCCAAUUGUGGAAACAAGACAAGAAAGAAGUGGUUCACAUCAAAAGAUGAUAGAGGUGCUAUGGAUGUUUGCGAAGGAAAUCUUGUCCGAAGUGGGAAAAAUUCUCCAACUGGAGAAGAGGAGAACAAAAAUAAGUAUUCAGAAUCAAUAUUUCAUCGCGUUUGGCAUAGUUCUGCUGUGCCAGUCUUUCAUUCUGUAGAGCAAACCGCCUCACUGCGUCAUGGGGGCCAUAAGUUUCAUGAGGUGUUCCAGCUAAAGCAUGGACGUUAUUCAGAUAUUCCUGCAGCCAAGAUUUCUGAAAUCAUUAAAUCAAAUGGUUUAGAUAAUGCUCCAACCCAAUCACUUCUAAGUGUCAUUAACAGAAUUCUGGAUGAAAGCAUCGAUAGGAAGAAUGGAGAGAUGCCACUUCGUGUGGCAAGUUUACUCAGAAAAGUUGUGCAAGAGAUUGAGCGCCGUAUUUCAACCCAGACAGAGCAUAUUCGUAAUCAAAAUGAUCUGAUUAAAGCACGAGAAGAAAAGUACCAAUCAAGAAUCAGAGUGCUUGAGACACUGGCAGCUGGAACAAAUGAAGAAGUACAAGUAAAGAAAACUGCAAUCGAGAGUAAGAAACAGGAGGAACAGCAAACAUUGAAGUUGAUGAAAGAGAAAGAAAAUAAUGAUAGAAUGAUUUUAGAAUUUAAACAGGAAUUGGAAGCAAUAAAUAACACUUACGAAGAUCAUUACCAGCAGUUAGAUGCCAAGGCAAAGCAAAAUGAAGCCAGAUUACAAGAAAGAACAAAAGAGGCUGAAUUCUUGCUAGCAGAGUCGAGUAAGAGGAUGAAUGAACUUAAGGCAUUUUCUGAGUUUAAGUUCCAUAAUUGGACUAAAAAGGAGAAUGUGUUCCAUAAUUUCAUUUCUUUUCAACUACAAUCACUAAAGGGCUUGAGGACAUCAUCAGAGUCCAUCAAAGUAGAAGUCAAUAAUUCUCAAAGGCAAUGGACAGAAGAAUUGAACAGCAUGGGGUUUAGACUAAAAGUGUUGUUAGAUGCUGCUGAAAACUAUCAGACAAUUCUAGCAGAAAAUAGAAAGUUAUACAAUGAAGUUCAGGAACUAAAAGGAAACAUCAGGGUAUAUUGUCGGUUGAGGCCUUUCCUACCAAGCCAAUUUGCUAAGUCAACUGUGGAUUACAUUGGCGACAAUGGUGAACUUGGUCUAGUGAAUCCCUCCAGACAAGGAAAGGAUGGCCAUCGGGUGUUCAAGUUUAACAAGGUCUUUGGUCAAACUGCAACUCAAGUUCAAGUUUUCUUGGAUAUUCAACCCUUGAUUCGAUCUGUUCUUGAUGGAUACAAUGUGUGCAUCUUUGCAUAUGGUCAAACUGGCUCGGGCAAAACAUACACAAUGAGCGGACCAGACUCGCCUUCAGAGGAAGAGUGGGGAGUCAAUUAUCGAGCUCUGAAUGACCUAUUCCAAAUUUCUCAAGCGAGGAGAAAUGCUUACAAUUAUGAAGUACGAGUUCAGAUGGUUGAAAUCUACAAUGAACAAAUUCGUGAUCUACUUUCCGAUAGUGGCUCACAGAAACGACUUGGGAUUUUAAAUAGUUCCCAGCCCGAUGGUUCAGCUGUUCCUGAUGCAAGAAUGGUUCCAGUCAAAUCAUCUAAUGAUGUCUUGGCUAAAAUGAAGUUAGGGCAAGCUAACAGGGCUGUUGGUUCGACAGCUCUAAAUGAAAGAAGUAGUCGAUCCCAUUGUAUCCUCACAGUUCAUGUUCGAGGUGAGGAUCUGAAGACUGGUUCCACAUCAAGGGCCUGUCUACAUUUGAUAGAUUUGGCUGGAAGUGAGAGAGUUGACCGCUCUGAAGUAACAGGAGAGAGACUCAAAGAAGCACAAUACAUCAAUAAGUCUCUUUCUGCCCUUGGUGAUGUCAUAUUUGCACUCUCUCAAAAGAGCGCUCAUGUACCAUACAGAAACAGCAAACUUACUCAGAUUCUUCAGAGUUCUCUAGGUGGACAAGCAAAAACACUCAUGCUUGUGCAGAUUAAUCCGGAUGGAGAUUCUUAUUCAGAGACACUAAGCACCUUGAAAUUUGCUGAAAGGGUAUCCGGAGUGGAGUUAGGUUCUGCGAGGUGUAAUAAAGAGGGAAAGGAUGUUAAAGAUUUGAUUGAACAGGUGGCAUCUCUAAAGGAUACAAUAGCAAGAAAAGAUAAUGAAAUUGAACAAUUACAGAGGCUAAAAGAUCGGAGAGUACAUUCUCCCAAAAGUAACUCAUUGAGACAAUCUUCAUCUUCUGGUGUCUCAUCCUCCGGUGGAGUAACCCAACAAGGUGGUGGCAAGGUUGCAAAAUUCAUUGAAAAAGAUGUUCUGGAUGCUGAAAAUUUUUCUGAAUUUAGCAGCCAGAAUUCAGAUGUUGGUUCUCAGUUGUCAAUGUGUGAUGGAGGGAAUGCUGACGAGGGUUAUCAUGUUGAUAAGGAGACUGGGGACUAUGGAGAUGAAGUGUCAGAUGGACAGAUGAGCGAUGUAUCCGCCGGGGAUCUUUCCCUUGGAAAAGAAUCUGUGUAUUCAGUGGGCAGCAACAUCGAGUCGGCGAUUCAUCCAAUGGCUGCUAAGCCAUCAGAAGUUCCUACAGAGAUGUAAGUAUUUUUUUUUUUCCGUUAGACAAACAUGGCAUAAUACAUCCAGAAUACCCCAGUCGAGUUGUAAGUAACUUCUUAUCCUUCAAAGUGGUUCAUUAGGUGAUCAUUUUUGUCCAUUUAGAUGAUCAUAAACAUGCGCGCACACACAAUAUAUAUAUAUAUAUAUAUAUAUAUAUAUAUAACCAUAGUGAGGGAGAAUCUCAUAUUUGGAAGAAAUGAACUACUUAUGAAGAGGCAAGUCACAUUUAACAAAUCUAAUAUAUUUCUAUCUAGAAAUCUUCAUUUAUAAAUAUAUGUUCAGCUACAAUGAAAGAGAAAUCUCCUAUAUAAAUAUUUCAAAUCUGCAAGCAGCAGGAAAGCUCAAUAUCUUUUUUUUUUUUAAUUACUUUAUAGUUCAUUAUACUUGCUCUUGAAUUGAGUUACACUCUUUUCUUAAUAAUAGUUUGUCACUUUUCCUUAGUUCUUUUUGUGUGAAGCUAUCGUGUUUCACUCCAGGUUAUAGUUUAAAUAUUGCUCUAAGUUGAAAGUUUACUGUGCCUAUUUUCUGAAUUUCCUAGUUAUCUUAAAUGCAGCUCAAAAUCUCCAUCACAGAUACCGAAACAUCUCCCACAUCGAACAGGCCAAGCUCCGUCAACACGAGCGAAGUCAAAUGAUUCUUUGAAGUCCCCAGGUAAGCAUGCUUUUCUUAAUAGAACAGCAGUUUAAUAAGAAAUUGUGGAAGGAAUGUAUUAAAGAGUUCAAUGAUUAAUUUAUGUGCAAAGAAUAAGAUGGUAGAAAAUAAAUAUGUUAUUCCAGAUAUUAUGAGGAGAAAAAGAUCUUAUUGGGAGGAGGAAAUAUUAUUUAAUCUUCCCAUGAAAAUCUUAUGAACCUUAAGCUUGCCAAUCAAAUCUGCGAUAACAGAUAAUUAUGUUGAUAAUUGUUGAGAUGUUGAUACAGCUCCAUGAAUAAAAUGAAACAAAACUAUAUUCUCAUGUAUAGGUGUAUAAAAUAUCAUGGUAUCUCAAAAUAUGAAAAAACAGAUAGAAGGGUAACUAUGGCGACUACUCUUCUGCUAUCACUUCUGUCACCAUUUAGUAUGAAACUAUUCUAUUUUUUAUGCUGCUGUAAACAUGACUCUUGGUACUGCAAAGGAUAACAAAUACGGCUCUGGCUACUGUUCAUACUGUCGUUUUGAUAGUUCUGCAAGCAUGAAACUAUUCUAUUUAAUAAUACCUAUUACUGUUGCUUUAUAUGCAUGGAAUAUUGCUGUUGAAAAGGUUUAUUGUUUUCAAAUACACUUACAGUAGUAGCAAAAACAACUACAACAACUGCUAUUUUGAGUUGCAUUGCUAGGGAUUUUCAUUCUGUGGAAGACUAAAUUAAUUCAUGCAUCUGAAAGUUUUUGUCCUCUUCUAUGAUGCACCAACACUUCUCCUUAAAGAGGCGUGCAGUGUUCGACACGACACGCGUCUGACACGCAUCUGACACAUGAGCAUGCCGAAAAUGUGUCAAAUUAAAAAAUUUAUUAAAUACAAAUUGGGCAAACGUGUCUAAAAUAUUUUAUGAAUUUUUUUUUUUUAAAUAUAAUUUCUUGUAUUUAAAAUUUUUAUUUAUUAUAGAUAUAAAAACCAAAUUUCUUCUUUCCUAUCCACAACGCUAAAUUAAUUGUCCGCACUCAACAUCCUAUUCAUCGAAUAUUCUCUUUUUCAUUUCUCUUGGAGGUUGCAACUUUAGUUUCACAAUAACGCCUGCUGUUAUCUCAACAUCAUCGAUGUUUGACGUCGUUACAACAUCAAUAUUUCAAAAUCAUCUAGACUGUCUUAACAUUGAUGCUCAACGUUAACAAUUUCUACACCCACAACUUGACAUCUCAUCUUUGUCUGACGUCAUAUUAACAUCGAUGAUCAAUGCCCUCUCAACAUUGACGACAAACGCCCUCUCAACAUUGAUGACAAACGCCCUCUUGACAUUGAUGCUAAUACUUACUGCAUAACAUCGAUGACCGUCUCUUGACAUCUUAAUAUUAAUCAUUUUAACCAUAAAUUCUAGUUAAAUGACUUAUUAUUUCUAAAUUAGUUUUAAUACUAUACUUAUUUAAUUUGUAUACACUAUUUUUAAAAUAUAAAAAUUAUAAUAUCACGUCCAACCCAAGUCCAUGUCCUCUAUUUUCAAUACUUGAUGCGUCCCGUGUCCAUGUUGUGUCAUAUCUGUGUCAUCGUGCCCGUGUCUGUGCAUCAUAGGUCCUCUUGUUAAAGAGUGGAUGAAGGGUUAAGAUGGGCUCAAUGCACUACUAACCAUAUAUUUAUUUGAUUAAAAACUCAAUCAUAUAUUUAUUUGAUUAAAAACUUAAGCUUAUGGAUGUGAACUAAUCAUUAUUAUAUUUUCACCAGCAUAUUUUGCAAUAUUUGAUGUGAGACUAAACCCAAUAACAUUUCUUUUAAUGUCUCUGUUCCUUCGCAUUUGUAUGAGAUUGAAAUCACCUAAACUUUCCCAAUUUUUAAUAUUUAAUAUGUACAAGCAUAAAUUCUAGUUUAGGGUUUGAAUUUUCUUAAAUAUUUUUUCAUUUUCAUGUACUCAUUUAAAUUUCAACAAAACAUCGCAGCACCCAAAAAGACAAACUCCAGCCAAGUUUCCUCAUCCUCAAUCAAGCAAAUGAAACACUAGCCUGCUGAAGAGCAUCUUCGCAUGGAAUCUCGCUCUUUCGCAAUGGACUUUUGUAAGAAACACCCUUACAUUUUUUGUAUUCUACUUGUUAAGUAAUAUUCAUCAUGUAACAUACGCACAAUUGAUUUCAUAAUUUUAAUUAUGGUGUAUGUAAAAUCUCAAUUGCACUAUUACAUAUUUAUCAAUUGCUCAAUGAAGCAGCUCCUACAGAAAACAAUUCCUGAUUUUUUCUACUCCAAUCUUCUAUUGUGAAGGUGGUAAACUGUGUUUACCAACAAAUUUCUUAACCAUAGGCAUUAUUCUUGAGAAAAAAAUAUAGCUUUAGAUUCUGUAAUUUUUUUUUAUUUUGCAAAAGUGUCUCAAUGAAUUAUGUGACUCUUGUAAUUGCAUAUCAAUGACUAUAUAGAAUAUUUCAACUUUAAAAUGAUAUAGAUUUAUUAUGUCUUGAACUCUAAGAAGAGGACAUCAUCCAUGAAAUGAAUAAUUAUUUUUUGGUUCUUACAAAAUAAAAAUAUUUAAUUAAUGAAAUCUUCACACUUGUUAUCUCAUAUCUUAUAAUCUUGUUUAAGAUAUUUGAAUCAUAGACGUGACAUUCACAAUAUUUUGUUCUUCUCUCUACAAUGCUUAUGAUAGUUUAAUAGUAAUUUCAAGGACAUUUUUAAUCAAAUAUGGGCAAAAUAAAAGUUUAAAGAUUGUAAUGAUUAUAGUAAUGUGCAAGACUCAUGAUGUUUGUAGGAAACACUGAAAAUAAUUGUCAAAUUAAAAAUUAUAAUACAUAAUAAGAAAUUUUGAAUAUGAUUUUCUACAAGAACUACCGAAGGUCCGAAGCUGAUUGAAGAUGAUGUACAAAGCAAUGAAUAUAAUGCGCUGAUUUAAUUUCACUUAUGAAAAGCAUUUUCAGCCCAUGAAAAUUCCCUAUAACCUUGGCCACAUAAUCUUGAGAUAUCUAAAUCAUAAGUUGAGAAAAGUUAUUCCAUUGUCAUUUUAAGGCAGUUAGCUAUUGUAUCUAAAACAUUCACAAUCUUCAAAAAUCACCCAACAACUUGGCCUUAUUCGUUAACUUAAUGCAGCACAAUAGUUAGGGGUGUAAAUGAGUUGAGUCGGCUCGAACUAGACUCGCCAACGAGCUCAUGAGUUGAGCAUAUCAAGUUACGAGCUCAAGCUCAAACUCGAGCUAAAAUAUUAAACGAGCUCGAGUUUGAGUUUGAUUUUGAUUAAACUUGGUUGGUCAACUCGCAUGCCGGUUUCAAAAAUAUAAAUAUUAAAAGAAUAUUUUUAGGUGAAAUAAAUAUUUAAAAUUAUUAUUCAAAUUUAAUAUUAAUAACAACAUUAAAAAACCUAUAUAAUAUAGCAACUUUUAAAAAGAAAGUUCUAUCAACAUUAAUGAAUCUGUACUUUGUACAACUUUUUUUUAAGGAAAUAAAAAAACGAUGCUUCAUUUUUCUUCCCGGAUUUGAGAGUUAUUUCGACGAAUAAGAAAUCCUGCAAUGACUGCAUAUCGAGUCGAGCUCUCGAGGUUGAGUACGAUUGCUCGAGCCAAGUUCGAGCACGUUCCUUGGGUUCAACUCGAGCUCAAUUCAACUCAUUUACACCCCUAACAAUAGCCAUUUUCUCUAUGACAUAAACAUCACAUUAUUCAUCAACCAAAAUGAAAAGAAACCAUCUCCAUGCUCCUUGUUAUUGAAAUUUAUAAUUGCAAUGAUUUUAGCUUUUCUAAUAUCUUUUUGAAUCUAAGGAGCCUCUAAUUUUAAAUUCUAUGUAGCAUUCUUUGGAACAACAUUAUUUAUAUAUUCAUUUGUUUAGCCAAAAAAUGUGAAAGCUAAAUAAAAGCUCACAAUUACGUCGUGCAUAGUUAUGAGUAGUUUUAGGAUCUCCAAUAUGAAGUUCAUCUUUCUAAUCUAAAAAUUCAUUUAUAUUAAAUACUUCAUCAUUCUCUUUUCCUCGGCUUUCAGUCUAAGAAGAUAGCAACAUAAACAAUAUGCUUUAUGUUGGUAAAUACUAUACUCUAACCGAUUAAAGUACUUAUGAAAUCAAUUAGGAUUAAGUCAUCUAAUUUGGUCGAAAAUUUGCUUUUGCUUAAUUCAUAAUUAAGCGCCUUCCAAGGGCUUAUUUCAAAGUACAAUUAUUGAACUUUUUCUUGAAUAUUAGAAUUUAGAAUUAAGCUCACAAAUUGAAAUUCAUAAUCAAGGAUCUGAUGGAAGAUGCAGAGAAUCUACAGUUUUUUUUUCAUUUCUUUUGUUUGCUCUAAUAAGAAAUUUAAUUUGAUAACUUCUUAAAAAAAAAGUUGCUGUAAAUAUUUGGUUUGAACCUAUAAAUUUAAAUCCAUGAAAACCAAAGUAAUUGAGGUGUUUAUCUGAACUAGAUUUGAAAUGUAGAUGCAUUUUUUGCUUCAAAAUUAUACAUAUCACAUAAAAAAUAUUAGGGGUGUCAAUUUUUGACACGACCUGAAUCCGAUCCGGAAAAAUCCAUAUUAGGGUCAACCCAGACCCGAAAUGGGUCGGGUUUCGGUUCAAUAAAUCAAACCUUUUUAAAUAUUGGGUUGGGUUCGGAUUGAUCCAGCAAUCCGAAAAUGACACGAAAACUAUUUGACUCGGAAACCCGAGAUUGACCCAAUUUUUGACCCGAAAACUAACAAUUUUAGGUCAACUUCGGGUUAUUCUUGUCGGUUCGGGUUGACCCGGAGCCGAAUUGGGUCGGUUUGGGUCCGGAAACCUGACCCGUUUUUAAAAAAGGGUCGGGUUUGGGUUGACCCGAACAAUGACAGGUCAGUUCCGGGUUCGACCUGAACCCAACCCGUUAACCCGAAUUAACACCCCUAAAAAAUAUACGAUCAAAGGCGAAGAGAAGAAGAUUGGUUUGGACAAAGAAAUGAAAUCGUAAGUGUCAACAGUCUUGU